AUGCGUUUCUCCACUGCGACUCUUCUUACCGGCGCUACUGCCGUCGCCGCUCACUCGGCCAAUCUCCUCCUGCCCGGAUUCGAGGGCGUUAAGGACCUCCAGGCCAAUGUUUUGGGUUCGAACGGCCCUGUGACCACCUACCUUGUUACCUGCCCGCAGCCCACGAGUUGUGGCAUCCCGGCCCCUGGCAUGACCGCUAUCGCCGGGCCGAACGCCGUCCACCUAGUUAACAAUAAUGGCGAUGGCCACACCGCGUCCGUGUCGUGCGACUACAAGGGCAACACCUACGCCUCGUGCCACGCCAAGAUGGGCACCGUUGAGGCUCACUCCACGCUGCAAGCCAGCGAUCUCAACUGGAUGCCCGUGACGGUGGCCCCGACCUCGACCCAGACGCCUAUCUCCACCUCGACUCCCACCCCGACCCCGACGCCCCAGCCCCCGCGUGUUGUCCCGACCUCGAGCCCGAAGCCCAGCUCCACGUCCACGCUGACGCCUUCUUUCAAGUCGACCACGCACCCGGCCUCGUCCUCGGUCUUCGUGACCAGCUCGACCCCGCUGAGCCCCUCGGCCCCGGCCGAGACCCCCACCGACUCUGUCAUCUCGGACGCCCCCGAGGCGACGCAGGCCCCGUCGCAAGCCUCGUCCUCGCCGACCUCACACAACGCUGCCGCGCCGCUGGCCGGCAACGUCUGGGCGGCCGCUGGCGCCUUCCUGGCAUUUGCCUACGCUCUUGCGUAA